AUAAAUACAGCUCGACUCAGCCACUGUGAGACUGACACUCUUGGGACAUGAGGUGGAUACUGUUCUUUGGGGCCCUCAUUGGGCCCAGCAUCUGCGGCCAAGAAAAGUUUUUUGGGGACCAAGUUUUUCGGAUUAACAUCAGAAAUAGAGAUGAAAUCAGCAAAUUGACUCAGCUAGUGAAUUCGGGCAACUUCAUGCUCAACUUCUGGAAACCCUUUUCCACCUUUGGUCGUCCUGUGGAUGUCCUGGUCCCAUCUGUCAGUCUGCAGCCAGUCAAAUCUUUCCUCAAGUCCCAGGGCUUAGAGUACUCAGUGACGAUUGAAGACCUGCAGUCCCUUUUAAAUGAUGAAGAUGAGGAAAUGCAACACAAUGAAGGGAAAGAACGGAGCGGUGAUAGUUUCAACUAUGGUGCCUACCACUCUCUGGAAGCUAUUUACCACGAGAUGGACAGCAUAGCUGCAGAUUUCCCUGACUUUGUGAGCAGGAUGAAGAUUGGACAUUCGUUUGAGAACCGGCCACUGUAUGUGUUGAAGUUCAGCACUGGAGCAGGUGAACGGCGGCCAGCCAUCUGGCUGAAUGCGGGCAUCCAUUCCCGUGAAUGGAUCUCUCAGGCCACAGGCAUCUGGACAGCGAGGAAGAUUGCAUCUGACUACCAGAAGGACCCAGCCGUCACCUCCAUCUUGGAGAAAAUGGACAUUUUCUUGUUGCCUGUGGCCAAUCCCGAUGGAUAUGUGUACACGCAAACCAAAAACCGGUUCUGGAGGAAGACGCGGUCCCAAAAUCCUGGAAGCCGCUGCAUCGGUGUCGACCCAAAUAGAAAUUGGAACGCCAGUUUUGGAGGAAAGGGAGCCAGUGACAACCCAUGCUCUGAAGUGUACCACGGGCCCCAUGCCAAUUCGGAAGUGGAGGUGAAAUCGGUGGUAGAUUUCAUUCGAGAACAUGGAAAUUUCAAAUGCUUCAUUGACCUGCACAGUUACUCCCAGUUGCUGAUGUACCCUUAUGGGUACAUGGUCCGCAAGGCCCCAGAUGCUGAUGAGCUGGACAAGGUGGCAAGGCGUGCGGCCAAAGCUCUGGCUUCCCUGUCGGGCACUGAGUACCAAGUGGGUCCCACCUGCACCACUGUCUACCCAGCUAGCGGGAGCAGCAUCGACUGGGCAUAUGAUAAUGGCAUCAAGUAUGCUUUCACGUUUGAGCUGAGAGAUACUGGGCACUAUGGUUUCCUGUUGCCAGCCAACCAGAUCAUCCCCACCGCAGAGGAGACAUGGCUGGGCCUGAAGACUAUCAUGAAGCAUGUGCGGGACCACCUCUACUAG